AUGUGGUUUAUAAAUUUGCUGAGCUGGCUGUCGCUGUUAAUACAGGUGUCCUUCGUCACUCUAGCCAUAGCUGCCGGUCUGUACUACUUGGCAGAACUAAUAGAAGAGUACACGGUGGCCACCAGUCGAAUCAUAAAAUACAUGAUCCUGUUCUCAACGGGCGUGCUAGCAGGUUUGUACAUUAUUGAAGACUUCCCGGCGUUGAUGGUGGCGGUGGGGCUCUUCACCAACCUGGUUUACUUUGGUCUGCUGCGGACGUUCCCGUACAUCCUACUGAGCUCGCCCAACUUCAUCCUUUCCUGCGUGUUGGUGGUGGUAAACCACUACAUGGCCUUCCAGUUCUUUGCAAAAGAAUAUUAUUCCUUCUCAGAGGUGCUAGCUUAUUUCACCAUCUGCCUCUGGGUGAUUCCUUUGGCCUUUUUCGUGUCGCUGUCGGCGGGCGAAAACGUGCUUCCAUCCACUAUGCAGCAAGGCGAUGACGUGGUGUCUAAUUACUUCACCAAAGGCAAGCGAGGGAAACGCUCGGGGAUCCUCUUGGUGUUCUCCUUCCUCAAGGAGGCUGUGCUGCCCAGCAGGCAGAAAAUGUACUGA